AUGAUUUCGUCAAAUUCAAACGAUGUUACUCCGCUGCCUACUCAAAAUAUGCCUGACUCUUGGUUUAAAGAUGAACAAAUGAAUGCAAUGUUUGCAGAAUUUCGAAAUCGUUCUGUCAACCCUCAGGAUUGGGAUUCUAAAUAUAAAUUUUGGCAAGAAUUGAUAUCAAAAUGGUUAAGUUUUAAUAAUAAAUGUUGUUUCACGAUAAUUGAUCUUAAAUCGACUUUCAAAAGAAAAGGAUGUACACCACUGUGUUUGAAUACUGUUAUUGAAGAAUUAUACAGAAAUCGGGAAAUAGUUACGGAAAAUGAAUUUUUACAAGAUCAAAAAACUUGGGGAUCCUGGUUAGUGGACACUGUUGUGAAAAAACCAGUUGUUUGGUCUUUUUCGAAGCUCAAAAAUUAUUUUGUAACAAAUGUUCCUGUCAAUUCGGAGACUCGAUAUGUUCACUUAAAAACGGUAAAAGGAUUAGCAGAAACAAUACUCAGUUUGUCAUCUGAUAAAAAACCAAUAAUUUUAACAGUUCAACAAAUAACUGAAAAAUGUAGGAUAGCUUACAAUAAUAACAAUUUGUCUGAAGAAAAUGUAAAACUAGCUUUAAUUUGGAUUGGAAGAUUAAAAAGUAGCCAAUUAAGUAAUAGGAACAAUAAUGCUUGGAAUAGUCUUUUAAAAAUUUCUCCUGAUAGUAUCAGUAAUUUAACAGAAUCUGAAGAAGGUUUAUAUAAAAUACAAGAAAGCGAAAAAGUUAUUUUAAAACGGAUUGAGGAAUUAGAAAUUGAACGUAAUGACGUUUUAGCUAAAGUUAAAUCUUACAUCAAUAGGGGUUUGAAAGAUGUAGCUAAAACUUUUUUGAGAAGAAAACACGAACUUGAUAAAAGAAUUGAAAAACAUGCAAUGACCUUGCAAAAUUUACAGACUUUGAUUACAAGUAUCUCUGAUGCACAUUCUAAUACUGAGGUACUCGAUGCAUACAAAAAAGGUAGUGAAAUAUUGAAAAAUUGUGAAAAAGCUGGAUUAUCUGAGAUUAAUGCUCGAGAUACUAUGGAUGAUGUGCGUGAGAUAAUGGAAGAAUUUGAUGAAAUGCAAAAAUCACUAACGGAGCCCAUAAAACUCAAUGAAUCGGAUGAUGAAUUAGAGAAAGAAUUAGACGACUUAUUACAUUCUGAUUCUCCGGAUAAAUCUUUACCACCAGUGCCUUCUUCUGAAAUUCCAGAACUUGAAAAAAGAUUGUCUGAUUUACGUUUGCCAGAGUUUCCUUCGCCUCCUGAAACAAAAUCUUUCACGAGUCAAGAAGUCAAGGAUUUUCUUUGA